AUGGGUAACAAAAUAUCUACAGAGGAUCACAUCUUCCGUUUAAAAUUAAAAACAAAGGAACUAGAAAAAUUAUCAAACAGAUCAGAAUUAGAAGAGAAAAAACUUAUAGCCGAUGUGAAAAAGGCCAUACAAGCAGGAAAGAUUGACAUAGCAAGACUAUAUGCAGAAAAAUGCAUAAGAAAAAAAAACGAAAAAGUUAAUUAUCUGAAUUUAAGUAACAAAUUGGAUGUCCUUGUAUCAAGACUCGAGGGGGCCCACAGAUGCGCUUCCCUAGUUAAGGACGUAGGUGUAAUGAUCCCACUAAUACAGAAAAUUAACGCCGAGACCAAUGCGGUAAAAAUAGGGAAUGAUGUGAUGAAGCUAGAAAACAUUUUUGACGAAAUUAGUAUUAGCUCAGAAAUUAUAAACGACACGGUUCAAACGUCCUCUGCAAUCAGUGCCCCAACGGAGGAGGUUGACGAACUGAUCUCAAAAAUAGCAGAUGAACAGGCCAUAAAAUUAGAUGGUCAACUGGGCCCUGUAAAUUCUAUUAAUAAACAUUUGGAAGAAAUCACGAACAUGAGCGAACGAAUAAAAAAUUUAAAAUAA